CAAUUCUCUACAUCAUUUACAAUAUUGGGAGAACAACAAAUGGUUAUGGCUGCUCUCACCGCCAUUCAGUGAAUAUCCUCUCUGCAGGCUUCACCUACAUACAGAAAAACCCUCGCCCCUGCAACGAGCUUUCUUUCGGAGACCGCGGGCGAACUUUAUCUGCAAACGCGACUCGCAAGAAGCUCUCAGUUGAGAAGAACACGGAGAAGGCACCACCAUGUCUGCUGGGAGAACUGUAGCUCGAAGUAUGGCGGCACUGGGAAGAGGGACAUUUAGAAAGCCAUGUGCGAGAUCAUAUACCAUUCAAGCUCGAGCUUCAUCUUCAAUAUCACGAACAAGCCCAAUUCAAUCCUUCUUCACCAUUUCGACCCCUCGCAGUACCGCGCAUAAGAUAUGCCACGCCAGGAGUUCUGCAGGGUCAUUGCAGGCUCGGCGAGCAUUCUCAGCAACACCAGCCGCUUCACAUGGCCAUUUGGAUCCUCCGAAAUCGGGCGAAGAGCUCUAUGUUACUUUCGUUGAUAAGGAGGGUGACGAGCACAAAAUUGCAGUAAGCAAAGGCAAUAAUCUGUUGGAGAUUGCUCAGGCGCAUGAUAUUGAGAUGGAAGGCAAGUCAAGCACAUCCUACAAAGGGCUUGAUGAGAUGCUAACAAGAAUAUCAGGAGCUUGCGAAGGAUCUUGCUCAUGUUCAACAUGUCAUGUCAUAGUCGAAGACGAAUCAAUGUAUGAUAAGAUGGAAGAGGCAUCGGAUGACGAGAAUGAUAUGCUGGACUUGGCUUUCGGCUUGACUGAAACGUCAAGAUUGGGAUGCCAAGUUGUCAUGUCAAAAGAAUUGGAUGGGCUACGAGUGAGGCUACCUUCGAUGACAAGAAAUAUGCAAGCCAGCGACUUCAGCAAGAAGAAUUAA